AUGCAGGGAAACUGGGUGCUGCUGUUUGUUUUGGGUCUCAGGAUCCAUCUGUCCUUCGGUGUCAUCCCAGCGGAGGAGGAGAACCCGGCCUUCUGGAACCAAAAGGCGAAGGAGGCCCUGAAUGUCGCCAAAAAGCUGCAGCCCAUUCAGACAUCAGCCAAGAACCUCAUCAUCUUCCUGGGAGAUGGCAUGGGGGUGCCCACGGUGACAGCCACCAGGAUCCUAAAGGGACAGUUGACCAAUCAUCUAGGACCUGAGACACCCCUGGCCAUGGACCUUUUCCCAUACAUGGCUCUGUCCAAGACAUACAACGUGGACAGACAGGUCCCAGACAGCGCAGGCACGGCCACGGCCUAUCUCUGCGGGGUCAAGGCCAACUACAAGACCAUCGGCCUGAGCGCGGCUGCUCGAUUCAACCAGUGCAACACCACAUUUGGCAACGAGGUCUUCUCGGUGAUGUACCGUGCCAAGGAAGCAGGGAAGUCUGUGGGAGUGGUGACCACGACCAGGGUGCAGCACGCCUCUCCAGCCGGGACCUACGCGCACACGGUGAACCGCGACUGGUACUCGGAUGCAGAGAUGCCCUCUUCUGCACUACAGGACGGCUGUAAGGACAUCGCCACGCAACUCAUUUCCAACAUUGACAUUGAUGUGAUCCUCGGAGGAGGCCGGAAGUUCAUGUUUCCCAAUGGGACUUCAGACCCUGAAUACCCAAGCGACCCUGAUCAGUCUGGAACCAGGCUGGAUAAGCGGGACCUGGUGCAGGAGUGGUUGGCAAAGAACCAGGGGGCCCGGUAUGUGUGGAACCGUGACGAGCUCAUUCGGGCGUCCCAGGACCCAGCAGUGACUCACCUCAUGGGCCUCUUUGAGCCAACAGAAAUGAAAUAUGAUGUCAACCGAAACACCUCAGUAGACCCUUCCCUGGCCGAGAUGACAGAGGUGGCCGUGAAUCUUCUGAGCAGGAAUCCACAAGGCUUCUACCUCUUUGUAGAAGGAGGUCGUAUUGACCAAGGCCACCAUGCGGGCACAGCUUACCUGGCACUGACUGAGGCCGUCAUGUUCGACUCUGCCAUCGAAAAGGCCAGCCAGCUUACCAGUGAGAAGGACACACUAAUACUCAUCACUGCUGACCACUCCCACGUCUUUGCGUUUGGUGGCUACACUCUUAGGGGGACCUCCAUCUUUGGUCUGGCCCCACUCAGUGCCCUAGAUGACAAAUCCUAUACCUCCAUUCUCUAUGGCAAUGGCCCGGGUUAUGUGCUUGAUUCAGGCAACCGGCCCAAUGUCAGCGAAGCUGAGAGUGGUAAUCCCAGCUACCGGCAGCAGGCGGCUGUACCCCUGUCCUCAGAGACCCACGGCGGGGAGGACGUGGCGAUAUUCGCGCGUGGCCCGCAGGCGCACCUGGUGCACGGAGUGCAGGAGCAGAACUACAUCGCGCACGUCAUGGCCUUCGCAGGCUGCCUGGAGCCCUACACCGACUGCGGCCUGGCGCCCCCUGCCGGUCAGAGCAGCUCCAUCACAAACAACGCAUCCGGCCAGGCCACUGUCCUGAGGUCCCUGCAACUGCUGGUCAGCAUGCUGCUGCUAGUAGGGACAGCCAUGGUGGUGUCCUGA